AUUAGGUCACUCGAACAGCAGGUUCAAAUGAAAGAUCCAUGUCUUGUAAAUGAAGCGACCAGUCAUUCAAGUCAUUCUGGGGGACUGAGAAGGCCGCACGAAUUCUCACCGCUUCAUCGUUCAAAUAUGCCCUCGGAUUGAAUAUCGGCUUUCAUAGUUUGCACAUUAUUCCAAAAGCAAGAUUGAUUUUUUCUCCUAUAUUAGGCUGCAGUUUAUUGUCGGCGACUCCUUAUCGCUAUGUUGUGGUCCCAGGCAAUAGUAGCUAUUAUAGCAGUACUAAUGCUUUCACUGGCUGCGGAAGAAGUACAGGAAAAUGCCAACCUUGAACAUCCAGAAGAUCCACCCCCUGUUUCUGAUGACGCUGAUGAAACGCAAGUAAUUCAAGAUCGUGGUGAUACACAUCAAACGUACAAAUCCCAUGCUCAAAAGAAGAAUGGUAUAGCUCAAGAAUCAGUUGGCAUUCCAGUUCCAGCGAACCCACCGAAAAAUCAUCUUUUAUUACCCCCACCAGGCAUCAAGAGGAAUCCAGGAUUGCUCCAGAUUCAGCAACGAAACAAAGAUUUACCAAGCCAACAUGUGUAUAAAACAUCUAAUCAAAUACUUCACCAGUCUUAUGAAGUUGCACCAAAUCAUCUUGAAGAUCUUCAAGGCCCUAACCCAUAUCAACCUGGCAGACAUCAAGACCAUGAAGCAGGACAAUUCCAUGCUGAUAUUCAAGAAUAUCAUUCUGGUCAUAAUGGCGUAUCUUACCAAGAAGGUGGACAUCAAGUCGACAUACAUUCGUAUCACAACGCUGAAGAAGAUUAUAAAGCAGAAAACCAAAAUAGUCUCUUUCAAGGAUUCUCUAGUUUACCUCAUAGUGAACCUUGGCCUUUACCUAUGCCAGACAUGCCAAAAAUCAUCCAUUUAGAUGUUAAGUGUGAAAAAAACCUUAUGAAAGUCUCUAUAGAGUUCGAUAAGCCUUUCCAUGGCAUUAUAUUUAGUAAAGGUCAUUAUAAUUAUGGAAGUUGCGUUCAUUUACCUCCUGGUUCGGGUCACACAAGCGUUUAUUUCGACAUUUCCAUAAACAGUUGCGGAACUCAUGGAAAUGCUCCUAAUGGACAAUAUAAUAGUUAUGGAGGGAAAAAUGCAGCAGGAAGUUAUUUCGAAAACACUAUAGUUAUACAAUACGACCCUCAGGUUCAAGAAGUCUGGGAUCAAGCCAGGAGAUUACGAUGCACUUGGCAUGAUCAGUAUGAAAAGGCAGUAACAUUUCGACCAUUUCCUGUAGAUAUGUUGAACGUCGUACGAGCUGAUUUUGCGGGAGACAAUGUUGGUUGCUGGAUGCAGAUCCAAGUUGGCAAAGGACCUUGGGCAAGUGAAGUAAGCGGCAUUGUAAAAAUCGGUCAAACAAUGACCAUGGUAUUGGCUAUCAAAGACGAAGAAAAUAAGUUUGAUAUGAUGGUCAGAAAUUGCAUUGCCCAUGAUGGGAAACGUGCCCCGAUUGAGUUAGUCGACAGCCAAGGCUGUAUAGUGAGACCAAAGCUGAUGAGCAGAUUCACAAAAGUAAAAAAUUUUGGUUCUAGUGCAUCAGUACUCGCUUUCGCCCAUUUUCAAGCUUUCAAAUUUCCUGACUCAAUGGAUGUUCAUUUCCAAUGUACUAUACAAAUCUGUCGCCCACAUUGCCCUGAACAGUGCGCUGUAGCCUCACCUGGAACUGGUCAUCAGGUAGCACCUAAUCACGAAAUCUAUCCAUCUGGAUCUUCUCACAUUCCUGUAGUGAGACCUCGGGAAGAAAGAGAUGUUUCUCAAAAGCAACUCUGGACUGAUUCUCCUUCUAAUGAUUCAUUCCAGGAGAUGACAGAAAUUGGUCUUAAUAGGGUAAUACGUGUAGUGGCCACAGGAGACUUAGCUUUCUCAGAACCUCCUGCAUACCAAGAAAGUUCUGACUUCGAAAGUUACGAAAAGGACGAUGUUAUUUGCAUGUCUACACCAGGUUUCGCAGCAUCUUUAGUAGUAUUGUUAUGCAUUUUAAUUAUAUCAUGCCUUGUCGCUGCUUUCCUGUGCUUGAGACAGAAGUCGCCAAGAGAUAUUAUCACAUCGCUGUCUGGGACAAUUAUAAAAAAGAAUAAAUUAUAAACCUGAUUAUCUAACACAGAUAGGAAGAGCUUACGUCUUACUUACGACAGAGAGAGAACAGUACCAUUUCAUAACUGUGUUUUACUUCAGAAAUGAGUCUACGCAUUUAUUCUCAUCUUGAAUUCAUAGAUAAAAGUCAUUGUUAGUAUAGUUGGCAAAAAACGUUGUAUGAGAAUAAUUGCAUAAUAUUAUUUCAAGAAAGUUAAUGUAGCGAUGAUAAAGAGAAAGAAAGAAAUUUGCUUUUCUCUUUGCUCAGGAUUUUUUUGUAAAAAUAUUAAUUAAUUCAAGAGGAAACUUCACAGUUGUUUCCAAGGGAUUUUUGAGACGACUUAUUUUCAAAAUUAUGUCAUAUAUUAAACAGUUUAUUGAACUACCAUAUUGUGAUCUUCAUAGGAUGGGAAAUCGUAUUUAACAUAUUUUCUGUAAUGGUCUUUUAGGUAUUAAAAAAAUCACGAGUUUGUUACAAAUGGGCUCGUUAACUGCCAUAAUCCCUAUUAGGGACGUCCCCUCCCUUCCUGCCAUGAGAAAGCUGAUACUGCAUUUUAAGUUGGCAAUAAAUAGCGCUGCCAGUUGCAGAAUGUAGAGUUUUCGAGAUUCCAGCGUUUCAGUCUUUUCAUGUAAUAUCUAAUUUCAUCUUACUACUAUUUUGUUUCCCAAUAUCUUCAAAGGAAAUUUAACAGCUUUAAGAUUGGUUAAAUUUGCUUUCCAAAUGAAGAUUAUCUGAAAUUUGAUUCCCAUUUGGGGCUUAGAAGAAAUUCUAUCUACACACAUUCAUAGAUUUUAAGUUUUUUUACAUUCAACUUUCUUUUCUUUCAAAUCUGUACUACUGCAGCUGCAAUCUUUAAGUGCUGAUGUAUGCUUUAAUUAGUACAGCAGAUUGUGCAACGAUGAACUGUGUUAAUUAGAAAAUCUAGAAAAACAGACUGCAAACUGCUAGGGAAAAAUUAGCAAUUAAUGGGUUAAAAAGUGCAUGGUGUAAUUAGAGAUACUAGUAUUAGGGAUGCUCUGCGAUUUUGUAUCCGCUAGAAUUUUACCUCUGUUUUUAAAGUUCUAAGAAAAAAAAAAAAAAUACACGAAAUAGUUGCAAAAUGUGGAAAAUCUCAUUAAUUUUUAUGAUACUGCAAUGAAUAUUUCUUCAAUGAAAUCAUUGCUAAUAGAAUAUUUAAACUUUAUUCUCCAGUCUAAAUCCAAUUUUGUCUUUAGUAUUUGUUUUUAGAUAAUUUGUAUAAGUUUUUAAUGAAUUUGAUUGAAGUAGAUUUGAAAAAAACUUUACGAUUUUAUUCUUAUUUACACUGAAAUCAGAUUUUUGUAAAGUCAAAAAUUACAGUGAAAUUUUAUUUUAACUAUGGUAAAAUGCUCUCUGGAUCUCUACCUACGGGAAGGAACACCUUUGUGGAAGCCUUUUCAAAGUAAAUUGUCCUUACACAUGGAAAAAGUGCUAUGCAGCCAGCCACCAAAUUAUCACCUAGGCAAGCGGUUCUCUUUUUGACUAACGCGUACCAUCUAAACAAAAACUGAAAACAUUUACUACCACCACCACUCUUGCAGAAAAGCUCAGAUCGCAUAAAUUUACGAGUGUUAGAGAAAAAACUCAAUCAGGAUGUCGGGAUUUUAAUUUUUGAAUUUAAUAGUUAAAAAUACUUUGCUUCUUUGCGUUCCACCUAUUUUUCUCUUGCGUACCAUCUGUUGAGAACCUUUCACCUAGAGUAAAUAUUAGCUUAUAUAGUUCCUUGGCUAUUAUCGGGAUAGAAAAACUUAACAUUCAUUAAAAAAAAAAAAAAAAAAAAAAAAAAAAAAUUAGAUCAAUUUUUUUUCCCAGUCUUUCCAGUAAAUGUUACAAAAGUUGUAGUUUCUCACAUAUAUUUUAAUUUAACAUUUAUUUAUCACAAAUUAGAGCUGAAAAUUCUUUAUUAUUUCAUUCAAUGCUGGACGAAUAAUGAAGAGCUAUUAAUGUGUUAAUAAAAUUCUGACCAUUUUAAUUAAAAAGUUUAUUAACUUUAAAUUUAUAAAACCGUGGAUUCAAAAAUAAAUUCUUUAAGCUAUAUAUAUUUAUGUAACUGUAUAUGGGCUACUUUACUUGAAAAACCUUUUGUUAAUGACAGUGAAAAUUGGCAAAUAUAUUCUUAAAUGUUUCUAUAAUAACUCACCUUAUUUGCAGUUUUGAGCCAGUUCUUGUUUUACACUUCACAGAGGAUUUCUUGUUACAUUAUCCUAAGUCAUUUUUUUUUUUCCAACUUUCAUGUGUAUGUCUGUUUUUAGAGUUUGCCAUAUGUUCUCAUCUAUAUUUAUUUGUGGUUCAUAGCGUAUUUAUGUUACAGUAUUUAUUUAUUUCAUUUUAUUGAAAAAAAGAUACAAUAAAAGUUUUAAGGAAA